GCAGGCGGCACCAAACGUACGCUGACCGUGCAGUGCAAUGGACGCGUUUCCGAUCACGAGCGAAGAUCCGGAUGUGCGCCAACAGUUUGCGGAAAACAUCUUCCAAAUAUUGCGCCCACUGUCUGCGCUCGAGAUGCCACGUGGCAACCGGCCGACCGAUGGCGAUUCGUCCGAGUGUAGUGCCCUGUCCGAUCCGUUCUCCGAUCUGGAUGAAUCGUACAUACUGUUGGAUCAGCGCAAGAAGAAACCCGGCGUGGAUGAGACGGAUGAGCUGCUGCUAAUGAAUCAAUUUACACCCGAGUUCCGGUGCGCUUACGAUGAGCUGAUGGCGACGGGCGAGAACCGGCACCGGAAGCAGGCGAAGGAAACGGCACCCGAACCGGCGGGCACGUCGAGCGGUUCCGGCUGUGCCGCCUGUCCGGUGGAUCUGCAAACGGCCACCGAUUUCAGCCCCAAGUUCCGGUCGUUUAUCGACGAGAUGCUGCGCAAGUGUGACCUGCAGCACCACCAGGAGGAGAAGAAACGGCGCGAACAGCAGCAGGCGCUGCAGCAGCGUAAGAAGGGGCGCGUGCGGGCGAUCGUGUCGGAGGAAUCGUUCUGCGGGCUGGAGACGGACUCGAUGUCGGGGAUGUGGCGUAUGCUGGACGCAAUGUCGGAGAAUGAGCGCGAGCUCUUCCCGACGUCCGGUCCCCACUACGAUCUGUACUACGAUCGGCGGUUCGAUUGGAUGACGCGGGACGAGAUACCGUGGGAGCAGAUUGAAACGUCCAAGAAGAAGUGCGAACAGUGGCUAAAGAUACCGGGCCAGAUGGAGCAGAACGAUGGUGCGAAAGCGAAACAGAACCAAUAGCAAGGCAAUAGCAAGUGCAGCGGAGGUUUUCGAAACGUUUUGUACUUUGUAGUGUGUUUUUUUUUAUAAAUUGUGUGUUUUUUUUCAAAAACCGUGUGCUUCAUGUUUACAGGUUUUAGAAGGUUUUAUGUAUCCAGUGAUGUUACACACAUAUUGUUGUGUUCUAACACUUGUAUUUAUUUAGAAACUUAUACAACGUACAUAAUAAAUAAAACAUAAAUGAAACAAUCACAAUAAAACGUAUACUGUACGGUGGCCGCGCACCAGCCGCACCGAGCGCCCCUGCCGAGAGCUCCUGCUCGAUCGGCUCGCAAACACACUC